CAGCUUGCUAAACCUCGACUACGAUGCGCGCGUGCUGACCACGCGACAAUGCCUGCACAAACACACAGGCUCAACUCAAAUGAGCUUUUAAAUAAGCCUGGCUUCCUCGGCGCCGCAGCGCGCUUCUGGCAGCGCUCGUAUGCUUCGGACUAUGUUGGCAUUGCGAUACUGACAUGCGGGUAUAUAUUGGCACAGAUACAAUUCCUCGCCGAACCCUUCCACCGCAUGUUCUUCCUCGACAACCUCGCCAUCGGCUACCCACACGCCGAAGUAGAGCGCGUGCCAGUCUCAUGGCUCUUCAUAUACGCCGGCGCGGUGCCCCUCGGUGCACUCAUCGCCUGGGCUCUCAUCCUCCGCCCCGGAACACACAAGGCGCAUGUUACCAUCCUGGGCUGGUUCAUCAGCAUGAUCUUGACCAUGUUCAUAACAGACGUGAUCAAGAACGCUGUUGGGCGUCCCAGGCCAGAUCUGAUUGCGAGAUGUAAACCCGCUCCUGGGACGCCAGCACAUCAACUCGUCACAUUCGAAGUCUGCACCGAGACAAAUCACCACGUCCUACACGAUGGCUGGCGCAGUUUCCCCAGUGGGCAUAGCAGUUUCUCCUUCAGUGGUUUGGGCUAUCUUGCACUUUUUAUUGCAGGCCAAUGCCACGUUUACCGCCCUCGCGCCGAUCUCGCCCGCGUCCUUCUCGCCCUCACUCCUCUCCUCGGCGCUGCAUUGAUCGCUAUUUCCCGCUGCGAGGACUAUCGACACGAUGUGUACGAUGUUAGUGUUGGGUCGGUGCUGGGCAUGGCCGUUGCGCAUUACACGUAUAGGAGGUAUUAUCCGGCCCUAAGGAAUAGGCAGUGUGCUACGCCGUUUCCUAAUCCGGCGGACGAGAAGGGUUGGGGGAAGAUCAAGGGCGACGAAGAGAGCUUGAGGGCUGCGAGUGAGUUUGAAUUGGAUGACCUUGAUGAGGAAGAUGGUGUGGAGGGAGAAGGGAGGCCGUUGAAUGGGAGACGAUAAAUCGUGUGGUUAUCUUGAGAGAUUCAGGCUGAUCCGCUCUGACGUCUUUGCCUGCAGUCGCCGGCAGAGCCAUGUCUCAUCUACCUUUCCGUUGUGUAAAGCUCUUGAGAAUAGAACAACGCGUGGUGGACGACCGCCAGAAACCCUACAGCGAAACAUCCAAGACCCAUUGCAAUUUAACACUGACUCUGUUCCUUUCCUCGCUGGAACGACCACUACUAGAUACGGAGCGUGCACGAGCGCGGGAGCGGAUUGUGAUCUUGCAACAUCUGGAC